CCGCCGGAAGUCUUCUCCAGGUUCGCCCGACUCGGAGGCUUCUCCGGCACUGGCGGAGAGGCUCCUCACUUCUCUCCGCCUACCCUGAGCCGCGAUGGACGAGCCAGGGGAGUCGUCCCCGGAGAAGCCCGGAGAGGGCUCCGCGGCGGACGAGGUGCCUGUCGUUGCCGCUGCCGCCGCCGCCACUCCUGAGCCCGCCCCGGGAGCUGUCCAGCCGCCCGACGGGGCCCCGGAGGACACUGACUGCGAGGAGAACGGGGACUCCAAGGAGGCCGCGGCCGAGGACACUGAACUCAGAGGCCAGGAAGCGUCCGAUUUCCUCGGGGCUGGAAGGGAGGACUCCACCGUCCUCCCUCCCGCAGCCAAGAAAAUGAAGAUAGAAACCAAAGAGAGGAAAGAGAAAGAGCACAAAGUGGACGAAGAUGAAAUUCAGAAGAUGCAAAUCCUGGUCUCUUCCUUUUCUGAAGAACAGCUAAAUCGUUAUGAAAUGUACCGCCGCUCCGCCUUCCCCAAGGCCGCCAUCAAAAGACUCAUCCAGUCCAUCACCGGCACCUCGGUGUCUCAGAACGUCGUCAUUGCCAUGUCUGGCAUCUCCAAGGUGUUCGUCGGGGAGGUGGUAGAAGAAGCCCUGGACGUGUGCGAGAAGUGGGGAGAGCUGCCCCCCCUGCAGCCCAAGCACAUGCGCGAGGCAGUCCGAAGGCUCAAGUCGAGGGGCCAGAUCCCUAACUCGAAGCACAAAAAGAUCAUCUUUCACUAGGUCCGAGUGCUUUGCGAGCCUUACCCUCUCUUUCCCCGCCAAAGGGAGGAGAUGACUUUCUUCUUGCCCCUGCUGCGCAGGGUGCCCUGUUCUGUGUUACCCCGCGGUCCCAGCCUUGAAGACACAAAGUUCCAGCAUUAGCCCGCGGGUCUUCCACAGCCGAUUGACCUGUUAGUGAAGCAGCAUCCUCUUUCGCGAUUGCCUUCCUCCGAUGUAGCUCUGUCUAGUUCAGGUUAUGUGGGAUCAUAACUUCUAACUAAAAAGGAGACAAGUCCUUAUUUAUACACUCCUUGCACAAAUUUUCAGAGUACCGGUUUCAAAAUGGAUAAAAUUCUUCUAAGGAACAUUCAUCUUGAUUAUUCUCAAAAGUAACGUUAUUUUGCAAGAUUCGCAUUGGGACCCUAAAUUACUUUAUCAGGGCCUCCUGUCUGCAGCAGGCCAGAAAUUUGUAACUUGUAAAAUUUGACAGUUUAGUUUACAAUGUUAGUAAAUGGUGGAAUGAUAGAAUAAUUUUAUUCCCUUGUAAAAACUAAACAUUAUCAUGUGACUUUUGGUGUGUGAUCAUUAAACUAUUUUCUAAUUUGGGAAAGACAUUAAUUGCUCUCUUCCCCUAAAGUCCUGCUCAGGUGCGACUUGUUUCAGGAAAACUUACCUAAUUCUCCAGCUGAAAUGGACCUCUCCUAUGUAUUUCUUAAGGCACGUUGUUUAGACUUUUCCUCCCCUUUUAUCUACCUUGUGUCUUAAUUGCUUAUGUAUUUUUUUUAAUCAACCCUAUUAAUCUGUAAGAUCUUUGAGGGUAUGGAUUUACUGUUUUCCCACUCUGUGCCUCUAGAUCUUAGUGUGGUUCCUUAUUCAUGGUAGACAAUUAUGUUGUUGAUUUUGUCAUUGGGGAAAGCUGAGACAAGGACUUCUCAGUUUGUUCAAUUCAGCAAGCAUUUAUUAUGUAGCUUCUUUAUGCCCAAUCCUGUAUUAAGCAUUAUAAAUAAAAGAAAAUAUAACUCCA